UAAUUUAUUUUGGAUUAGGAUUCCCAUGGCAUGUGAACUAGAAGACAAUUUGAAGUAGCAGGUCUCUUUUUAUUUGUGAAGUGACAGUCCUUGAUCAAGAUGGUGGGGAAGCUGAAGCAGAACUUGCUGCUGGCGUGCCUGGUGAUCAGCUCGGUGACCGUGUUCUACCUGGGCCAGCACGCCAUGGAGUGCCACCACCGCAUGGAGGAGCGCAGCCAGCCCCUCAGGGUGGAGAGCCUGAGGAGCACAGAUAGAACUGCUUCCCAUGGCAGCACCAACAAAACCUUUGCUUACAACAAAGACAUGCCUUUAAUAUUUAUUGGAGGAGUCCCUCGGAGCGGCACCACCCUGAUGCGGGCCAUGCUGGACGCCCACCCGGACAUCAGGUGCGGGGAGGAGACGCGGGUCAUCCCCCGGAUCCUGGCAGUGAAGCAGAUGUGGGCUAGAUCAAGCAAGGAGAAGAUCCGACUGGAUGAAGCUGGAGUCACAGAUGAGGUUUUGGACUCAGCCAUGCAAGCAUUUUUAUUGGAAAUAAUUGUGAAACACGGAGAGCCUGCUCCCUAUUUGUGUAACAAAGAUCCUUUUGCUCUAAAAUCCUUAACUUAUCUUGCUAGAAUUUUCCCCAAUGCCAAAUUCCUGCUAAUGGUCCGGGAUGGUCGUGCCUCUGUGCAUUCCAUGAUCUCUAGGAAGGUCACAAUAGCUGGGUUUGACCUUAACAGCUACAGGGACUGCCUGACCAAGUGGAAUCGUGCCAUAGAGACCAUGUAUAACCAGUGUAUGGAGGUUGGCUUUGAAAGGUGCAUGCUGGUACACUAUGAACAACUGGUGCUGCACCCUGAAAGGUGGAUGAGAACUCUCUUAAAGUUUCUUCACAUCCCAUGGAACCAAGCAGUGCUGCACCAUGAAGAAAUGAUUGGAAAAGCAGGGGGGGUUUCCCUUUCAAAAGUUGAAAGAUCUACUGACCAAGUAAUCAAGCCAGUCAAUGUAGAAGCAUUGUCAAAGUGGGUUGGGAAGAUACCUGCUGAUGUCCUGCAAGAUAUGCCAGUGAUUGCACCCAUGCUGGCUAAACUGGGCUAUGAUCCCUAUGCCAACCCACCAAACUAUGGGAAGCCAGAUCAAAAAGUUGUGGAAAACACAAGGAGGGUCUAUAAAGGUGAAUUUCAGCUUCCUGACUUUCUUAAAGAAGUGCCACAGCCAAAGAAGACAGUAGAAAGGAGGUCCCGUGGCAAGAUAAAAUGA